AUGCCUAACGUUGGACGACCCAGCCGUGAUUGCCAUAAGUGUCGAAAACUCAGAACCAAGUGCGACCUUGGUCGUCCCGAGUGUCGACAAUGUCAACGGCGAGGUUCCCCAUGCCCCGGAUAUCGAGAUGACAAUGAAAUCCUCUUCCAUGUGGAGAGUGUCGCUUCGUAUCAGUCUAACAUGUCCGGAGAUCGCCGCAGAUCUCGGCGUAAACAUGAGAAGCAGCCUUCACCACCAAGAACCAUGCCACAGUCUUCAUUCAUUAUAUCCAGUAUUACCGAAGAUAUAGACCUUGUGUUCUCAUGGAAAGAGGUACUAGACCAUGUUAACGUUUCGAUCCGGACUGCUCAACGACUAUAUUUGUCACGUUCAUGGAGCGACUACAUCCUGCCAUUGACAAUAUACAAAUUUUCUUUUGGUAUUGCAAACGGGCAGUUACAGGGCCUACCAGAUUUCAUUUCGUCCUUGGUUGACAGAGUCGAAGAAGGAUCCGCCCUUUCCCUCGCCUAUCGUGCUGCUGGAAGUGCGUAUCUGGCGAAAAAUUUGGACCAAGACAUGUCUAAGGCUAUACAUGAUUAUAACAACGCGUUAUCUGUUAUUCAAAACGAGCUUGAAGACUCUGAAAAAACAGACGGCACUGUCUUGGCGGUUUGGUUGCUGGUGGUCUACGAGCUCAUGUUAAGCACUCGAAAUGACACACCACACAGCGUGGCAUCUUCUGGUUGGGAACUCCAUAGCCAAGGCCUAGUAGCACUUGUCCGAGUUCGCGGUCCUCAGCAAUUUUCACGCCAGGAUGGCCGAAACAUAUUCUGGGUUAUCUUUACCACCAUACAAUUACAAGCUUCGAUAACCGGCAAAGAAUGUCCGGAAGACAGUCGGAGGUGGCUGGAUGAGAUCGCACAACACUGCAGCAGUUUGUGGGAGCAAGCUCUAUUACAGAUGUUCCGGUAUUCUCUUUAUUGUACGAACAUGUGCAGUCGGAUACGCCAGCUUGAGACCUCGGGAAACGUUGAGAACAUUUUAUCGAGUGUACCACACAUUCUCGGAGACAUGGAAAUUAUGGACAAACUUUACGAGGACUCGCAUAGCGCGAGGAUGGCACUUGAUGACCAGAACAAAGCGGCUGUUCUCAAUAAUUCCCGAGUCUACAUCAAAAACUACCAAGACAGCUUCCGAAUACGACUCCUCACCAAUGUGCUAGAAUUUCUUCUCCAUGCAUGCCAGUCGCCUAGCUGCGCUCCACCGCAGCGAGGGGCUUUAAGUCAACAUCGUUGGCGAUGUGUUGAUGAGCUUAAAACUCUUAUAGACGGCAUAACGUUAUUUCUUUCUAAUGAUAGCGACAAGUGA